CUCCGACGUUUCGUUCACGAGUUAUCAACGAAAAAGCAUUGGCCAAUGAGAGGCGAGCUCGGCUGGCGCCAGCCUAGCGCCAGGCGCGCUCACCCCUCAUUAGCCCUCGUUUUUCUUUAAUAUCUCGUAAAUGACGCCUCGUAGAAAAUUUUUGUAAAGGAAAAAGUUGCAUCAAACGACCUCAGUAAUGUCGAGGGUAAGGCUAAAAACCGUUCAUACCACUUGUUCUCUCUAUUUUUCCCUCGAUCUGCGAAAUAUCAGCUUCAACAUAAAAAUAAAAAGGAAUCGUCGCGUUGUCGGAUUAUCUAUCGAAAGUUCCUCGAUUUCGCGUCGCCCCGGAUCUCGGAAAUCACAGACCGCGCGCGACAACCGUAACGCCGCAAUCAUCCGAUCCCCCAUAAUUAUCCCGUAAAGCCUCCGUUCCGUGAUUGCAAAACAAUCGUGUGACGCGACGCGAUUCUGACACGAGCCGAACACUAAUGAGAACGUUUCGGGUGUACUUGACUUACGGGCUUACGUAAAUCGAUUUAAAUCGUGGAAUUAUCUCGUUUCCUGUUGCACGGUGUCAGCUCCGAACACCUGGCCAUUCCGUGUCCCUAUAUAAGUGUCGUUCCCGAGGGAACCGCGAUCAUCAGUCGGCGAUAAAAAAAGAUAUCGACGAAAUCUCGCGUGUUCGUUGAGUUAUUUUUUUUUUAGUACCAUUGAUGCUGUUAGAAGAAUGAAGAGUGUCGUCGCUGUAGCUAUCCUAUUAGCCGCCGUGGCUUCGGUGCGCGGUAUAGACCAAGACACCGUGAUACCGAAAUAUAUGGAGUACCUGAUGCCGGACGUUCAACCAUGCGCGGACGAGUUCAAGCUGACGCAAGAACAAUUCACGAAUAUCCAGCGCGCGGGCGAAGUCGACCAGAGACAAAUGGGCUGCCUGAAGGCGUGCGUUAUGAAGAGAAUCGGCAUAUUGACUGGAACCGACUUCCACAUCGAGCCGAUCUACAAAAUGAUCAGCGUAGUGCACGCUGGAAAUGAUCAAGACAUCAAAGAUGUGACAGCGAUUGCUGAUGCAUGCGUGGCUGACAUCAAAGGAGAAACCGACGAGUGCGUCAUCGGCAACAAGUACACCGACUGCUACGUCGCGAAGAUUCUGGGUUAAAACACUUGCUCGCGAAAGUUGCCCCCAUGAGUUCUAACCGUUCGAUGUCAACCGCAUGGCACGAAAAUCGGUAAAAUAAAGAAAACGGAUGUGGAAAUUGAGCAUCGUGCGUCUUUUCUCGCCUUUCUCGUAGAAAAUUUAAUCUUCCUCUGCUACGCUCUGCAACGAUUAAUUUGUAUUCCACUGUGAACAAAAUAAACGCAUUCUAGAAAAA